AUGGUUCCAAGUCUUACUGCUACUGUAAAUUAUACUGAUCCUACAUUAGAGCCUGUAGUAACUGAAAAUUCAGUCAUACGACAGAAGAUAAUAGAUUCGCAGUUCAAAUGCUAUGAGAGAAUGAACAGAGCUCCUCCAUAUAGGAAAAAAGGUCUGUUCUGCAACCGAACAUGGGAUGGCUGGCUGUGCUGGGAUGACACACCUGCUGGCAGAAUCACUGCUCAGAACUGCCCAGAUUAUUUUCCAGACUUUGACCCAACUGAAAGAGCUUCAAAAUACUGUGAUGAAACUGGAAACUGGUUCCGCCAUCCUGAGAGCAACCGAACUUGGUCCAACUACACUCUGUGCAAUUCAUUCACGUCUGAAAAAUUGAAGAUGGCGUUCAUACUUUAUUAUAUGGCGAUCGUUGGCCAUGCUUUGUCUAUAACAUCCCUGUUGAUUUCCUUGGCAAUUUUCUUCUAUUUCAAGAGUCUCAGCUGUCAAAGGAUAACACUGCAUAAGAAUUUGUUUUUUUCUUACGUGCUGAACUCCAUGUUUACCAUUGCUCACCUCAUCAUCGUUGUACCUAACCCAGGCCUUGUGAAAAGGGAUCCCGUAAGCUGCAAAGUGCUGCAGUUUUUCCACCAGUACAUGCUGGGCUGCAACUACUUCUGGAUGCUGUGUGAAGGCAUUUACCUGCACACGCUGAUUGUGGUGGCUGUCUUUGCAGAGGAGCAGCGCUUGCACUGGUACUACCUCUUGGGCUGGGGGUUUCCUUUAGUACCUGCUUCAAUUCAUGCAGUUGCAAGAGCCAAAUACUUCAAUGACAACUGCUGGAUGAGUGUUGACACUCACUUGCUUUAUAUUGUUCAUGGACCUGUAAUGGCAGCUUUAUUGGUCAAUUUUUUCUUUUUGCUUAACAUUGUCCGAGUUUUGGUGACAAAGCUAAGAGAUACCCACCGUGCUGAGUCCAACAUGUAUAUGAAAGCUGUCAGAGCCACGUUAAUCCUGGUUCCAUUACUAGGAAUUCAGUUUGUUAUUAUUCCCUGGAGACCAGAAAACCGACUUGCUGGAGAAAUAUAUGAUUACAUCAUGCAUAUAUUAAUGCAUUACCAGGGCUUGCUUGUGGCGACUAUAUUCUGCUUCUUCAAUGGUGAGGUCCAAGGGGCUUUGAAGAGACAGUGGACACAGUACAAAACCCAGUGGGGCCAAAGGCGUCGAGAGCACUGCUCCACCAGAUCAACCUCCUACACAGCAACGUCCAUCACAGAGGUUCCUGUCUACCUGUACCAUCAUGACUCCAACAACGAGCAGCUCAAUGGAAGAUAUGUAGACGACUCUGAACUUGUUGCAUUGAAGUCUGGGGAGACAUCAGCCUAGCUGGGCAGCAGCUGCUGCAAACACACCAUUUCAUGUCCUGCUUGUGAACAAAGAGAGGAAAAGAGUGGGGAAUCCAAGUGGAAGAGAGCAAGACUGGGUGACUGGACACAUGGCAUUCAAACCACAUCAGCCUCUGACAGCAACAGUGCAGGGAAUCUGGCACAGAGGUAGGAAUCACAGUUUAUGCUUCUGAGCAUGGAUGUGCCUGCCAGGCCAUGUCCUUCCCACACCUCCCAUUAUCAAAUGAUGAUCCAGCAGCAGCAGCAGUGCCAUGAGUGCGCAGCAAAUAGGAAAGAAGGAACUGGUACCUGGCAACUGGAAGCAUUCUGCACUUUUUGCUGUCAGUACUUUUCUUUAACAGCAGAUUUCUAACUAUCAACUUUCACAUGAUGUAACUGAUUUGCGGUCCUUUACUUUUCCCUGUUUGAGGAACCUGGUGACUUCUGAAGAGAUUUUGCACGCUGUGAGACAAAUCAAGCAGAGGAACAGAAAAACUCGUUACAAAGUACUCACGUCUUG